AUGUCUUCUUGUAUCCAAAAAAUUCUUUGGAUAUGUGUGUUGAUGUUGUUAUUUGUGCACAAUGUUCUUGGAGUUCGUGUGAGUAUCAGCAACACUUUAGUAAGCUAUAGUGACUUAACUGUUCAUUGUAAAUCUGGUGAUGAUGAUCUUGGAGUUCGUGUUCUUCCUUUUUCAAAGGGUUUUGAUUGGAAAUUUCAUGACAACUUUUUUGACACAACACUAUUCUAUUGUUCCUUUGCAUGGAAAGACCAACUUCAUUGGUUUGACGUAUACAAAAGCACAAGAGAUGACUGCAAGGAAUGCGAUUGGGCUAUAAGUGAACAAGGACCACUUAAGAUAUGGAACGAUCAUCUCUAUCAGUUUCCAUGGAAAAAGUAA